UGGUGCGGGUGUGAAUAAUAAGCAAAACCCCCCGACAGAGAAAAAGGAAAUCCCCACCGUCCCCGCAUCGACGCUUCCAUUUGCAACACCAACAAAAAAGAAAAGCGACCAAAACCUACCCAGUAGCAGCACUGUAACAGUAUGUGUAUUUGUCACUUCUGAUCCUCUCUGCCACCUUGGUCGCUUCAAACCCUACCCCCACCCCACCUCUUUCCCUUUUUCCACCUCUCCGCCUUCUCCUCUCCACCACGCACCACGGUUCCUCUCUCUCUCUCUGUUUAUCACUCUUCUUUCCCUUAAAACGUAACCGACACAGAUACCAGAGAAGAACAGAAUUGCAUGGACCAAUCAAUGUCCUUUUGCCCCAAUCUCAUCGCCAUUUCUAAACCAACUAACCGUGUGCGUGUGUUGCAGCUAGCUACUUUAUCCUUCUCAUACUAGCUAGCUGGAUUAUUUCAUCCAAUUCAAGAUAAUAAGAAAAGGAAACACCCAAUGCUUGUUUUUCUCUUUUUAGGUUUCACACUCUCUUCGUAGUUCUAGUAGUAGUCCCGUGACACUGACUUUCUCUCUCUCUCUCUCUCUCGUCUUUUCCAGAAUCGACGGCUAUUCCUGCUUCGUUGACUCCUUUCUUCACAUGAUGUGAUGUGUACAUAUGACCCUUCCCUUUCUGCUCUUCUCUUCUGCAGAUCUGUGAUUUCUCUGUAAAAAAAAAGAAGCUUAUUCUCUUUUCCUCUUCCAUGCCGUGACUACUCAGAAUUCACUUCCAACUUCCGAACGCCUCGCCGUGCUCGUUGUUUCAUGGAACAGCAUUCGGUUCAACGAAUCGUCGUCGUUUUGCUAACCGUCUCCUUGUUCUCCCUCACACCCCUUGCCGUUUCAACAGGUUUGGCUGGUGGGACGACUCUUUCGGGAACCAUUGUCUCCUUAUCAUCGCGUCGUGUAGAGGAAGGGAACAAGAAGCUCCAUAGCUCGCAUCGCAAACUUCUUACUGGCGGGAAUGGAAAGAUGGAACCGGACCGAAUAUGGGGUGAGAAAUGCAGCAAGUCUGAUAUAGUGAUAAACCAGGGCCCCACGGCCCCACUCCCAAGUGGCAUUCCCACGUACACGGUGGAGAUCAUGAACAUGUGCGUGAGUGGAUGCGACAUCUCUGGCAUUCACCUGAGGUGCGGCUGGUUCAGCUCUGCACGCCUCAUCAACCCCAAGGUCUUUAAGCGCCUCCGUUACAACGAUUGCCUCGUCAAUGAUGGCAGACCCUUGAUCAACGGUGCCACCAUUUCAUUCCAAUAUGCCAACACCUUCCUCUACCCUCUUUCCGUUUCCUCUGUCAUCUGUGUCUGAUCAUCAUCAUGAUCAUAACAACAAUCCUCUGUCUUGCCCCACAACUUCAUUCUUUUCACCUGUAUAUACAGAUUUUAGAUACGUAUCUGCGGACAACACCUUGUGCACGUGAUGGGUCUUUCCAAUGUGAUGCUUACGAAUUUUUUGAUAGAAAGGAAAAUAGGCUAGUAGCGAGGGUCUUUUAGCUUUGUUUUUGUGGUUUUGGGCAUUGUUGCAUGAUGAGGUGAUGAUAUACUUUAAGUCGUUUUCCCGUUUGUGUGCAUUCAUUAAUGGAACUGUACAAGAAUCAGGUCAUAGCAGUGGCUAAAAGUCAUUGCAUAUAUUGCAAUAUUGAAGCAAAGCAGAUCUUUUUCAACUGUAGACAUAAUGUUUUGGAGGGGGGAGUGGAAAGAAGGAAGCAGAAGGACUGGUCCCCCUUCUUUUUACUUCAAUCUGUGCUAUGCCGGGGGUUGUGGAAUUGGAUUACGAGGGACGGAUGUAUAAUGUGUGAUUGUGACCUCUCCUCAGGAUGUCCGUGAUUCGUCAUUAUGUCAACCACCCAAAUUUGGUUCCUCUUCCUAACCGGGGACAUUCAUUUCAUCCUGAUGACGCCAAACAUAAUGCUCAAUAAGUCGCAUCGUACCUUCUUAUUUACACUUCAAUUAUGCCUCUACAUUUUUUUUAUUUAUAAAUACAUAAAUAAAUAAAAUUGGUGAGUGUGCAGUUAAAACUCCUGCAUCGACAAGGGAAUAUAACUAUGUAAUUGCCAUGUUACAGAGAAAUUAGUCUCACGUAUAUAGUAAGUAGUUAUGGAACAGGGCUCUUCAAUUAUAGUGUAUAACAUGUUUUUCUUGAAAGAAAGAGUGGAGUUUCUAAAGGGGUUUUUGGUAGAGUAUAACCUACUUUCGUGUGGAGUAUUGAGUUAUGUUUCAUGUAUAGUAAAUUUUUUGAUACCUAAAGUCAUUGAGAAUUAUAAAGAGUACUGAAAUGUUAAAUGUUAAA